CCCUCCCUCAGCCCGGCGGUGGAGAGAGAGAUGGUGAACCGGUUACAGGAGCGGAGAGAGUCGGAGAGACGAACCGGUGAACCAGCGAGAAAAACAGCCCGGAGCUGAACCUCUGCUGCGGUGCUGAGUGUUUUAUUAUAGAAGGACGAAUUUUAACUGGUUUUAGACUGUAAUAAACUGUGGCUGAGUGGAGGUUGGAGGUUUUAGUGAGUUUUAUCGAGUGUCAGACAGAAGCUGCUGCUCUGGUUCGAGUUGAGAAGAAGGGAAAAGCUGUUUCUCGCUCUCGGGAGUUUUUACGAGGAGUUGGUUCGGUUGUCAGCUGGGAGUAAUUAACGCUACUGAGUCCCGGUGAACGGAGGGAGCUACUGAAGGAGGCGAAGGACACGGCGGGGAGGCUGUCUUUAACCUAACUAACGAUAAACACCGAGAACCGAAUGAAGCUAAGGCCGAGCUGACCCUCAGGGACGGGACGGUCUCAUCAGCCGCAGCGGAGACCGGCGACCGCGGCCGGGGCGAGGAGGACAGAGAGGUAGCCGUUAGCCGAGCUCCAGCAGCUCCAGCGGCCCCACAGCGGCUCCGCGGAGACCCUACAGCACCACUACUACCACCACCCGUAAGCCGGGCACCAGCUCUGGAAAGCCGGCUGACUGGAAUCCGGGCAGAGACCUCAUGAAUGGAAAUCGGUACUACAGGAGCCGUUGGGGCUGCGCCCCUGUUGUCUGUGCCACGAAGGCCUGGCUAUGGCACCAUGGGGAAGCCCAUCAAGUUGCUGGCCAACUGCUUCCAGGUGGACAUCCCCAAAAUGGAUGUCUACCUGUACGAGGUGGACAUCAAGCCUGAGAGAUGUCCCCGCCGUGUCAACAGGGAGGUGGUGGACUCCAUGGUGCAGCAUUUUAAGGUGACCAUCUUUGGGGACAGAAAACCGGUCUAUGAUGGGAAGAGGAGCCUCUACACAGCUCAUCCGCUACCAGUGGCUACAGGAGGGGUGGAUCUCGACGUGACCUUGCCUGGUGAGGGCGGUAAGGAUCGGCCCUUUAAGGUCAGCAUCAAGUUUGUGUCACUGGUCAGUUGGCAUAUGCUGCACGAGGUGCUAACAGGACGGACCAUGCCUGAGCCUAUAGACCUGGACAAGCCAAUCAGCACCAACCCUGUCCAUGCUGUCGAUGUGGUCCUGCGCCACCUGCCAUCCAUGAGGUACACCCCAGUGGGACGGUCCUUCUUCUCCUCUCCUGAAGGCUAUGAUCAUCCACUGGGUGGGGGCAGGGAGGUAUGGUUUGGAUUCCACCAGUCAGUGCGGCCGGCUAUGUGGAAAAUGAUGCUGAACAUAGACGUGUCUGCUACUGCCUUCUACAAAGCCCAGCAGGUGAUCCAGUUCAUGUGUGAGGUUCUCGACAUCCACAACAUUGAUGAGCAGCCCCGUCCUCUUACAGACUCCCACAGAGUCAAAUUCACCAAAGAAAUCAAAGGUCUGAAGGUGGAGGUGACCCACUGCGGCACCAUGAGGAGGAAGUACAGGGUGUGUAAUGUCACUCGCCGACCUGCCAGCCAUCAAACGUUCCCUCUGCAACUGGAGAACGGGCAGACUGUGGAGAGAACGGUGGCACAGUACUUCCGAGAGAAAUACAACCUGCAGCUCAAAUAUCCCCAUCUGCCCUGUCUGCAGGUGGGCCAAGAGCAGAAGCACACCUAUCUGCCUCUGGAGGUGUGUAAUAUCGUAGCCGGGCAGCGCUGCAUAAAGAAACUGACUGACAACCAGACGUCCACCAUGAUCAAAGCCACAGCUCGUUCUGCACCAGAUAGACAAGAGGAAAUCAGCAGACUGGUGCGCAGCGCGAACUACGAGGCAGACCCGUUCGUGCAGGAGUUCCAGUUCCGUGUGCGGGACGAGAUGGCCGAGGUGACGGGCCGCGUCCUGCCCGCCCCCAUGCUGCAGUACGGCGGCAGGGUGAGCUCUGAACACUUUCUGAAUCGUACAGUGGCCACCCCAAGCCAUGGUGUAUGGGACAUGAGGGGAAAGCAGUUCCAUACCGGUGUAGAAAUCAAAAUGUGGGCCAUUGCCUGCUUUGCCACCCAAAGACAGUGCCGAGAGGAGAUCCUCAAGAGUUUUACAGACCAGCUGCGCAAGAUCUCUAAAGAUGCAGGCAUGCCCAUCCAAGGCCAGCCAUGCUUCUGCAAGUACGCUCAGGGAGCAGACAGCGUGGAGCCCAUGUUCAGACACUUGAAGAACACCUAUGCUGGCCUGCAGCUCAUCAUCGUCAUUCUGCCUGGGAAAACGCCUGUCUAUGCGGAGGUGAAGCGUGUUGGAGACACUCUUCUGGGAAUGGCCACUCAGUGUGUGCAGGUGAAGAACGUGGUGAAGACUUCUCCACAGACUCUCUCCAACCUCUGCCUCAAGAUCAACGUCAAGCUAGGGGGCAUCAACAACAUCCUGGUCCCACAUCAGCGGCCAUCUGUGUUCCAGCAGCCAGUUAUCUUCCUUGGUGCUGAUGUCACUCACCCUCCUGCAGGAGAUGGAAAGAAGCCCUCAAUUGCUGCGGUGGUGGGCAGUAUGGAUGCCCACCCUAGUCGGUACUGUGCUACAGUGCGGGUGCAGAGGCCCAGGCAGGAGAUUAUCCAGGACCUGGCCUCCAUGGUUCGAGAGCUGCUCAUCCAGUUCUACAAAUCCACUCGAUAUAAACCCACCCGGCUCAUCUUCUACAGGGACGGCGUGUCCGAGGGACAGUUCCGACAGGUGCUGUACUACGAGCUGCUGGCCAUUCGUGAGGCCUGUAUCAGCCUGGAGAGAGAGUACCAGCCUGGCAUCACGUAUAUCGUUGUCCAGAAGCGCCACCACACACGCCUUUUCUGUGCGGACCGCAAUGAGAGGGUUGGACGGAGUGGUAACAUUCCUGCUGGUACCACAGUGGACACGGAUAUCACCCAUCCAUACGAGUUUGACUUUUACCUUUGCAGUCAUGCUGGAAUACAGGGCACAAGCCGUCCUUCACACUACCACGUGCUGUGGGAUGACAACUGCUUCACAGCUGACGAGUUUCAGCUGCUAACCUACCAGCUGUGCCACACGUAUGUGCGCUGCACCCGCUCCGUGUCCAUCCCGGCACCAGCCUACUACGCCCACCUGGUUGCCUUCCGAGCCCGCUACCACCUGGUGGACAAAGAGCACGACAGUGCGGAGGGAAGUCACGUGUCUGGGCAGAGUAAUGGUCGCGACCCUCAGGCUCUGGCCAAAGCCGUACAGAUUCACCACGACACCCUGAGGACCAUGUACUUCGCCUAACUCCGCCUCCUUCUUCUCACUAGCACUCACCUGUCAGUCACUUGGCAUCAUGCACUGAGCUGAUGAAGGCUCCUUCCUGUUGCACCGGCAAGCAACCAUAGGCUGCCCUGCUGCUAAAACGAACCAAACGUAACUAAAAUCAGUGGGAGGCGAGGAAUUAACACUGUUAUGCAAUAGAAUAGAGAAAACAACAGCCAGUCUUUUCUAAAUAAGAACCCACUCCUUUUUUUUUUUUUUUUUUUUUUUUUUGCUUCUUUUUACAUUGAUCUACAUUGAAAUGUGAGUCCUAAGAAGAUGUGGCAGUUUUGCUGUUAUUUAUUAGUGUGGAGUUUAUUUGUAUGUGUGUAUGUAUGCGUGUCUGUAAGCCUCAAAAAGCCUUUUUUUAUAUAAUGCUAAGAAAAAUCAGAUCAGCUUAUUUUCGGGAAAUUGCUCGUUGAAGAACACAUGCAGUCAGGAAGGUCAAGUAGUUUCUGUGACUCUAGUCAGCUGAAGAAAAAAAAGGUCACCACUAGAGUUCAGUAUGGGGCCGUGAAACUGGCCACACUUUCCAGAUGUUCACUUUGUCACCUGUAGUUUUGUGCUGUACUGAUCACAGCUUAAAUUUUAAUGGUUUAGAGGAAGAUGGGGUCAUCAGAAAAUAUUUUAUUUACACUUUCUAUCUUAUUUGUUUUUAUCUUGCCCGCGUAAUUGUAAGGAUCUAGGGUCGGUUUUUAAUGAUGAUUCCAAUCCAAUAAGUGCUUAAUGAGUGUAUGAGAUCCAUACUGUGUUCUGGGCCCCUUUUCUUGCAGUUGUUAUGCAUGUGUUUAAGUGUGUGUGGGUGUGUUAAUCAAGGUUCUGAGGUGACCUUGACUAGUUGUUGGUUUGUUUGUUUUUUAACUACAUAUAUUGGCUAUCAUAAAGCUGCAAGACGUUUAACGUCUGUGUUCAUGCUCUGCCCAGAAAACAUCCCAGCCUUCCUUCCGUUCGUUCAUGAUUACCCCAUUCUGUAUUGUUUUAGUUUUUCUUUUGCAGACUCUCCUCAAGCUAAGAGUGACACAUUAGCUAAAACUGCACUUUCACUUAAAGUACAACUUCUGAACAUCUAUUAAAUUUAACCCAAGGUUGGUGAAAGAUGUUUGUUCCGUUCUAAGAGGUAUGUGUGUGGGGGAGUGUGGAUGUGCACACAAGCGUGUCACUGUGUUCUUUAAAUAUAAUGUUAUGUAUACGUCAUUGGCUUGUAGUUGUGGCCUCCAGAAGGUACUGAAGGAGUAUGUACUAUAUUUUAUAAGGCACUAUAAGGCUCACUAUAGUAUUUAGCAGUGCUAGCAGGAGUUGGCAGUAGGCUACAGGCUGAUAAUACUCACCUCUAAAUGGGGAAAUAGCAGUUAGAAGCUAAUGCUAAUGCUGCUCCGGCCCCGGUGCUGAAGAACUUACCUAAAACUCCUGAGUGGCUUUACUGCUCUAUACAACCUGACUGGUAAAAAUCAUAAGAUGCACUGAAUUAAAAGGUGCACUGACGAUUUUUGAAUACCGUAGUAUGAUCCAGCUUCAUGCAUUAAUAUUGAUAACAGUUGAUGAGCUUCAUCUUGCAUACUCCCAAUUUUUUUUUAUUUUAAAUUGUAUCAAACAUCUGUUUCAUCAAUGUUUCAGCUACAAAUCUGUGAAUAAGUGGAAGCUUUUCAAGUUUCUUUCACUGAUGACUUUGACUAACGCUGUCCAAAAAGACUCUGAGUGCAAUAAGCCAACUGUUAAUGGCUCUGGUAUAUCGUUGUUGUGCAAUGCAUGCCACAACUGACAAAGAUAGAUAGAUAUAUGAUAAUGAACACUGUUUGUUGACUAAUAUGGCAUUUUAAUAAGGACCUUGAAUGUUAGAAACCAGCAGGUGGCUUCAUUGGAAUAGUGUGAACACAAGCAUGUAGAGUUUGAAGUGUUAUAUUAGCUUGUCUAUAUUAGAAAUGAGGAUUCUUGUUAAUGUGAUGGGUCGUGUUGGCAGAAGGUAGUUGCGUAUUUUAGACAAAGUGCCUGGAAAACACCUUCCUAACAAAUCCGGGCCAAUCUGGAGAGGUUGAAGCGUCCAUGCCAUUGAACCUUUACUGCGUUUGUUUUAGGAGUUGAACUGGAUUGACUUCAAAACAACAUGUGAACAGUGAAUCUAAAUCCAGAGUUUGACCAAUUUAGCUGUAUCUGUCGAGCGUCUCUGAACAGAGUGCUCUGCACCCUUAAAAACUUGCCUUCACGUUUUACUCUAGAAUGUACUGCAGAAUUAAAGGGCAUUUCUUCCUUGCUUUGGUUUGUUCUCUCUCUCUCCCUCUUUCUCUUUCAAUUUAUUUCACUCUUCUCGCUGAUGGAUGGUGGGUAAAAGCAUAUACUGCCAUGUCAAAAGUUGCAGUAAAAUGCACUAAUAGUGUCCAGACAUGAAUAUACUUUAAAUAGCCCAUUGAUAUACACGAAAAGCACAAAGCCCUCAAUGUUAGAAACAAAAAGGGUUCUUUGGCAGAACUCAUGCAGAGAAACACUUACUUUCGUAUGGAUCCAAGUGUCUUACAAUUCCUUACACAGUAUAAACCUUGCUUUAGUAAAGAAACGUUUUGUAAAGGUCUACUUCUAAGGCUAGAGAUAUACUUGCUGUUUGAUCGUGCAUUCACAUAAACAUCCGUUCACGUACUUGUUUAUGUGCUGUUUAUGUUACUGGAGGCUUUCAAUUGGCUUUCAAUAGAGGCUUCCACUUUUUCAAAUUUUGAUUCUGCUGAUGCAGUGCCUGCACUGAAUUGCACAUUGCAUAAGCAUCACAUUCAUUUGUACACAUCGCAAACAUAUCUCUAGUCUCACAGUUUCUUUUUUUAAGGAAUAGUUGGGGCAGAAUGAAUAAGUGCUACUUAAAGCUAGCAGCCACCAAUUAGCAUUAUGCAAAUUAUAUGCCAUUGGGUGGACACUAGCCGUUAGGUUGGGACACUUCCUUAAAAAUGACCUCAGUGAUUACUGUCCUGGAAGUAAAUUAGCCUUUUGGUCCUGGAGUACAGUGUUAGCAGUGAAAAAAUGGUUGUAUGGAGAAAUAAAGAUAUUUUCUUUGACAGUUUAAGCUUUUUUUUAAGACUGACUUUUUCAGCGUCUCGUUAUCACAUUCUCGAAUCCAACCAAUGUGCCUCAGUUACUAGAGCUAAGAAAGCUUGCAUGAGUUUAUUCUGCUGAACUGUUGUAUAUGGAACUGUGUAACAUCUACUUGCCUGUGUCGUUGGCUUUUGCCAAGUGUGGCUCUGUUUUUCCUUUCUCUCUUUUCAAAGCCACAUUCUUCAGAAAAUUAAAUAAGCCUGAAGUAGGGUUAUACCGAUCCCAUUCAUUUCAUCACAGUCAAUGCCACGUCUAUACAGCAAAAAAAAAAAAAAAAAAAAAAGAGUUUAAAAUCAUAUAAAAUCUACAAAAUGUUAACAAACAUAUUAACAUGAACAAAAUGAAAAAUAGCCAUCUUUAGAAAAAUUUAAAAGAUAGCUAGGAAUUAUUACAGUUCCUGCCCUGUUGCCCUCUAACAAAAUAAAGCUCAAAAUUUUAGAUUUAUUUUUUCUCAUACCAUGUAUGACUUAACCCAGUCAAAAAAUCUGAUUCUGUGUGAAUAGGGCCUUAUCAGCAAUACAGUUUUACAUUUAGAAAGGCACUCCGUAUACGCUCAGUUUCCCAGAGAGAGAUUAAGCCUUGUCUUGGGCUACAAAUAAUUUUGGAUUUUCUAUUGAAAGGAAAAUAUAGUCUAUAUUCUAGGAAACUGGCAUAGGCUUACUUAACUAAGUGAUCUUAACUAAGUAAAUUAUCUGAAUAAUUCUGAAGUGUGAAACACCCCACCAGUUUAGCUACUAAUCCAAAUAGAGAGAGAGAGAGAGAGGCUGGCUGUGUAAGGAAAGAUGAUACUGAUUUUACUGCACUCUGAUUGGGCUUAAAGCCUAAGGUGCUAAGAGGUGCGGUGCUGUAAUUGUGGGAACUGGUUUAUUUAGACUGCCAUUCCCUAAAUGUUUCACAGCUAACUGGGAAUCUUCGCCAUGUUUCUAAUGGUUUGUUUUGUUUAAUUUCCUUUAAACCGUGAAACUUGAGCUUUAAAGCCUUGCUUGUUUGGCGCAGGUUGAGUCUGAUUGUUGGGUUGUCUUGAUUGCUGUUGUUACAUUUGGCAGUUGAAUGGUUUUAUUUGAGUCCUAUUAAAUGUCCAAGGGCCAGGUGUUCAAAACCCUUUAACCUACAUCAAAAUCAAAAUGAUUGACUAGAUCUGAUUAGAUGAUAAUAGGAAAAAGUCAUCCACACCUGUGCUUCAGUGCAGUUGUUCGUAGGUUCCCUGGAAGGGACCUUUUGCAUAUUUUGUGUGAUUUUAAAGGACUUAAAUGUGAGAUUUGAAGCAUGUUUAAUAUUCUAUACUGUUAACCGGGUGCUCAAUGUUUAGCUGGUCCUUUAUACACAGUGAUGACUGAAAAUCUGCUAGAUUAUUGAGGGCUCUUCCACAGUUUGGAGGCGUUCCAUAGCUUACAAAUUCCUUUACACAGUGCGGAUUUUAUUCCUCUUGAUGUUCCAGUGUUCAAGUUAACAAGUUCCAGAUUCCUGAUUAUUAAUUUCACCUAGGCCUGUCACGGUAAUUACAUUAUUGACUUAUCUUACAAAAAGAAAUGUAAAGAAGUGACCUCAAUAAUUUUAGCUGACCUUGAUCUCGUCUGCCGUGUUUCUAUGCAUGUUUGUUUAGAACACACACAGUGAAUUGGUUGUUAGCAGGUUUACCUCUCAGUGCUGGGCUCUUGGGGUCAAGUCCCUAUCUAACCAUGGGUUAAAUUGCCCAGAAAUAUAAUUCUCAACUCUCUAGUAAAGUAUGAUUGUGUAUGUAUGUAUGUAUGUAUGUAUGUAUGCCUGUUCUGGGUCAUUGCCUUAGUGCCCGAUACACCUGCUCCUCCAGGUUGACAGGUUAAAAGUGUCUGGUUGAGAGUUUACUAUGUGUGACUGGCUGCUGCUUACCACUAUUUUGUGUGUGUGGAUUGCUAAAUGUGAUGUUGGGUGUGUAGGGUAUUCAUGGUAAAGCGUUCUUAGGUUCCUUGAAAGGCACAAUAUAAGAGUAACUUCAUUCAUACAUAAAAAUGAGGGUUGCAAGUACUGUAGUCAGUCGUGCAGUGAUGAAUGCGCCAAUAACGUAGCCUUUAUACACACAGAGUGGACUGCAGAAGAUCAAGUUUGAGUCUAUUAAGUGUUUCUAAAAUAAAAUGACCAUUAAAAUGGUUUUACAAUGACAGUAAUAUUUUUUAGACAAUAUCAUAUAUCAUCCAAAAAGAAAGAGUUACCGUAACAGGCCUAUUUUCCAUCAAAUGUGUUCGCACUAUUAAAAACUGUGUAGUGUAAAAGGACCCUUUUUUUUUUGUUUAUUUUUUUUUUUUUUUAAAUAAGCCACGUUUGGCUGCUGUUCGGCUGCAACUUUGGUGCGCUGCACUGUGAAAACUCCAAAGUUUCCAUACAUUUGAAGUGUAACUGUUACUUGGCUGGCACUACCAGCAUUUCAGUUUUACUUGAAACAGUUGAGAUUGAUUGAUUGAUUCAGUGUGGCAUGCAGUCGUGCAUGCGUGACCGUACGAGUUCUGUUAUUUUGUCCUGUAUAAGAUACAGCAUUCUGUCUACUCGAGUUGCCACGGAAAAUCGUUGCUCAAAUGGAGCCCAGUAGGCAAGGCGUUCAUGUGGGGAAGGGGGUGGAGCAGUUGUUGUGAGGGUGGAGCAUAAACUGUGAUGUAAUCCACUCCACCUCCUUCUCCACUUUGCUGAAAGCUGGACUACAAAUGCCUUGGCUCAAAGCGUUUUUAAUGAAGAGCAGAAGUAUAUUUGUAUAUUUAAAGAAUGAAUCUGUAUAAUGCACACCACUUAUUUUUGCUAACAAAGUCUAUGAGAGAUAAUAUAACGUCAAUCAAUAAUAGACGGUAAUAUAACAUUAAUAUAAAAUAAUAAGAGUGUCUAAUAAUAAUAAUCUGUUGAAAUGCAAUAGACUGUUGACCUCUAGAAUUACAUUGUCUUGUUUUUAGAACUGUAAACUUGUGGUUUUGAGGGUUACCACAUUGUGCUAUGGUGCUGGAGUCGUGUUAAAGGGGGAAGUUCACCUUAUUUCACAUUUGAGCACUUCAGUACUCUUGUUGUUUUUUUUUUCCAGGCACCUUAAAACCGUUUUUAGAACAAGUGCUUAAAUUAUGUUAAAGCUAAUCCCACAGAAUCCCCUUAAGCUUCUAAUUCUUGUAACUGCCUUUCAUUAGUUCAUCCACUGAUGAAAGUUAAUAAAUUUAGAUUCUGAUUCUAAUUCUGUUCUGUUUUGCAAAAAAAAAAAAAAAAAAGUGACUAAGUGUGUUUACAUGCAGUCAAUAAUCCAAUUAUGCUAAGAUUUCUAAAAGUUUGUAAGCAGCAUAUUGUGCUUGAUUUACUUAGAUUGGAUUAAAGCCUAGUAAUCUGUUAAGGAAACCAGGUAUUAGCUCAGUAAUCAGACUUUACUACACAUAUAUAUAUGUGCUCAUUUAUUUUUAGUUUUCUCUGUCUGUGUUUGUGUAAGUGUCCAAACAAACUAUAAAGUAUAAAGAAAGCAGCACAAAAGACAGCAUUAUUUUUACAAAAAAUAAAUAAAUAAAUAAAACAGGACGUUAGAAGCUUGUCGCAUGCUUCUGUACGAAAACUGUCUGGUUGCCCGGUUUUCUCCCACAGUCUAAAAACAUGCAGAUCAGGUUAAAUUUUAUACUCAAAAAUUACCCAGAAAUAUGUUUCUGUAUGCUUCUGUGAGAUAAUUGUCUGACUUCGUUUAACCAAGAGUAUUUUUUUCCCUUUAUCUCAUUUCCCAGGAAUUACUGUCCAAAUCAGAUUUUCUGUAACUGGAUUAUUAAGUGAAUGUAAACACACUCACUGUUAGACUAAAACUACAAAGGUUGGCAUAAGAACUGCCAAAACGUAUCAAACAGGUCCAGAUGUGAUUCUGGGUGAACUCCUUUCUUAUGUGUCUUGGAAUGUUGUUCAAUAAGUGGGAUGAGCCUUCGAUCCUCCAGUUCUUCCUCUUUUAGUUUUCCGUUUGGGGUUUCAGAACAGAUUUGAUAAGUUGCUCUUUAAAAAUCCACAGUGAAACGGUUAUUGAAGGUCAAUUACAGAACUAAUGUGGAAAAGUUUUAUCUGUUUUUAAAUGGUCUGAAAUAUAAACUCUUUUUGCUUGUUUUUUUUUUUCCUUUUUAAUUUAAAGACAGUAGAGGAGAAGGUUCAUCCUAUGAGGAGAACAGUGAGUGGAAUGUGCCUUUCUCGAUGGUGCUGAUCUUAAACUGGUUAAUAAGGGACAAAAAAAAAAACUUUUGAAAUGUUCAAAGGGCACAACAAGCCUUUGUUCUACAUUGAAGAUGAGUGUAUAUUGAUACCUGAUAUACUGUAUAAUGUGUGUAUGUGUUAAAAGUGUGUGAAACUGUAAUUGUUUGCCAAGAACACAUUAACAUAAUAGGUUUGCCAGUUACAUUGUGUCAGGACCAAACUUUUCAGGAGUGUCUGUGGUCGAGUUUAGGGUACUUGGCAUGGCAUAAGCAGCCAUUUGGACACUGACUAAGCUUGAACAGAAAACUGCAGGAGGUCACUAGUCUCUACAGCCUCUUUUACUCGGUUUAUGUCUACACCAUUUCAGUUUGCCACUCUACAGUUUUCAGAUUGUUAGCAGAUUGUGUAGUUCUCUGCAUUUGACCAAACAGCAAUAAUUAGCAGUAAUUCGAUGCUUUUGACAUUAUACUUAGUAUGAUUAGGCCAAAAAGGGAACACCUGCAGCACUAUACAGUACUGUUUCAGUUUCACAGUCAGCUUCCAAUAAAUGUAUUACUUUUUUUAGGUUAGAGAAUUAACUUGGGAUUUAACUCAAGUAGCUGACCACCGGUUAACUCUUCUAAUCAGAAACUGCUUUCUGUUAAACAUCACUGGUUACAGUUGGCUCAGGAUUUCUGUGUUAUUAAUUUAUGAAUCUGUAUUUGAUAUAGGCAUUCUGAAAUGUCCUGCAUCAGAUGUUGGCAAGAGCUGAAGAGCUUAAGGUCUGGGUCAGUGCUCUGUGUUGCCAUGUCAGUUCCCUCUCAUCCUGAAGGCAUUCCAUGAAAAAAAAACUCCAAAAAAAGCAGCUCCUUUAUUAGUGCAUACUUCAUAAACACAAAUCAAUUUUCCUUUGGUUACAGUGCAUAAUGCAGUUAAUCACCUGAUAAUAAAACUGUCUUUUUUAAUA